GUAGUUAUGUACCGAUAGCCCACCACAAACAAGUUCGAAAUUUCGUUCUGCAUUUACUUGAAAAAGUCACUUUUUCGUGCCAAAAUUAAAUGGAUUUUACUCUGCUCACCUGGACUGACCUUUUUCCUAAUCUGAAAGCAAUCUGCAGGUUUCUCAAGUGUGAGAUCUGUAGCCUAAUAUAUAUAUAUAUAUAUAUAUAUAUAAGCGCCCUCAGACUGUCACUUGGGUCGGGGUGAACUUGCCCACCCUGCAGCCCAACAAGUUUAUGUCUGUAUCUGUUGCAGGGUGCUGCUUACAUGAAACCUGUCAGCUAUAUGUAGCCUCCCAAAGCCAGGUAAACCUUGAGAUGCUGGGAGGUUUCAAACCGAAUUUAUUCUCCAUCCAUCAUAAGUCCGCGGUUUUACACUCAAGUUGCUUUCUUCCGUUUUCCAUGUCAUUUCCUGUAAUAAAAAGAUGGUGGUCAAAGCAGAGAGAAGCAGCUGACUCGUUACAAUAAUUUGAAAUGAUAAACUUUACAUCGCCCUGGACUAGUAAAACCAAACAUUGCCACUGCGUCACCGGCCGGAUUGACCGAGCGCAAAGCUCUGGGGUAGUGCAUUAGAAAGUCCUGCACAGACCCCCCGACGGACUGCGGACUCGACAGAAGGAACAGAGCAAACCUGGGGGGGAUUUUCAUGUCCAAUCACAAUCUGUUUCUGGGAGUGAGGACACUCGUGUUUUUAACUGAGCAGAGAUGAUGAACUGAGUGACCCAGGGUAUCCCCAACAUGGCUGACACCACCACCUUCUGCUCUGGCCCAUCUCCAGAGAAAGACAUGGACUCCACCACCAGCACCAUCAGGGACACAUCUUUAGAAGAACCGAGCAAGAAGAUGAAAGUGGACCAUGAGCCCUGUACCUCAGAGAAUCAACAGGGUGUUUAUUUCUGGUUCUGUGAAGAAUGUAAGGAGUUCUUUCUGGAGGAGUGUCCGUCCCACGGCCCCCCCGUGUUUGUGCCGGACACGCCCGUGGAUGUGGGGGUGUGUAACCGCGCUGCGCUGACCGUGCCCUCGGGCAUCGAGCUGGUGCGGGAGGGGGGCGAAGUGGACGUUUGCUGCAUGGACGAAGACAUCCCCAAGGGGGCGCUGUUCGGCCCUUACCAAGGCGAGACGGUGUCCCACAACCAGUGGUCUGGCGCCUCCUGCUGGAUGGUCGUCGACAAGAACACAUAUAAAUGCAUUGAUGGCAGUGAUGAAUCUAAAGCCAACUGGAUGAGGUUCGUCCGGAGUUCGCCCGACGGCGAUGAGCAGAAUCUGAGUGCCUUCCAGCACGGGGAACACAUCUACUUCCGCGUGUGCCGUCCGCUGGCGUCCGGGGAGCGUCUACGGGUCUGGUACAGCGAGGACUACCUGAAGAGGCUGCAGGGUGUCUCACAGGACAGAAUCAUCCGGAACCUGGACUCUGGGGCUGUGAAAUCUGAGGAACCAGCUCAGAACCCAGACGAUAGUAAAGGGCCCGUAGCUAAGAACCCAGACGACAGCAAAGGUCCGGUGCUCAGAUCUGCGCUGCACGGCCGCAGGGGCCUGACCAAGCACAGUGCGGAGGAGGGGGACGGCCAGCCUCAGCCCAAGAGGAAGAAGAUCGACCUCAUCUUCAAAGACGUUCUGGAGGCGUCUCUGGAGGCCUCGCCGAGCGAGGAGAACCCCCUGAACAGCACCUUCUCCCUGAGGAGGACCCGCGCUCAUCCCAGCCCUCACGUCCGCUCCCCCCCCUGCUCCGCCCUGCCGCCGCUGGAGCUGGACUCCAAGGAGGGGGGGUUUGACCUGAGCUGUCUGAAGACGGAGGAAGGGGACGCCUCCACCUCCUUCUGCCCCAACUGCGUGAAGCUGAGGCGGAGGAUCCGCGAGCUGGAGGCGGAGCUACAGCACCUGAGGGGAGAGGAGAGGGCGGAGCCAGCAGCCCCUCCUGGGCAUCACUGUGGGAAUGACCUGACAGUGGCAGAGGCCCUAACUCCUGCCCCAGUAGCGAUGGAGGAGGAUGACCCAGACGUCGACUCCGCCGACGAAUCCUUCUCUGCCGACCUCAUCGUUGCCGUUGACGACACCACCAAGCUGUCGGUUGGGCCGGGCCGCCGGAUCCGGCGCUUCAAGCAGGAGUGGCUGAAGAAGUUCUGGUUCCUGCGCUACUCGCCGACCCUGAAUGAGAUGUGGUGCCACGUGUGUCGGCAGUACACCGUCCAAUCGUCUCGCACCUCUGCCUUCAUCAUUGGCUCCAAGCAGUUCAAGAUCCACACCAUCAAGCUGCACAGCCAGAGCAACUUGCACAAGAAGUGUCUGCAGCUGUACAAGCUGCGCAUGCACCCCGAGAAGACGGAGGAAAUGUGCCGCAACAUGAUGCUGCUCUUCAACGCCGCGUACCACCUGGCCAUCGAGGGCCGGCCCUUCUCUGACCUCCGACCCCUGGCUGAGCUGCUGAAGAAGUGUGAGCUGAAGGUGGUGGACCAGUACAUGAACGAGGGCGACUGCCAGAUCCUCAUCCACCACAUCGCACGGGCCUUCAAGGAGGACCUGGCCGAGCGGCUGCGCCUGUCCCCCUUCCUCAGCGUCAUCAUGGACGGACAGCACGAGGACCAGCUGGCCGACACCGUGGCCGUGUACGUGCAGUUCCUGACCAGCGAGGGCGCCCCCGCCACCGAGUUCCUGUCCCUGCAGAGGCUGGCGGGGGCCGGCGCGGAGGGCUACGUCCAGGCCGUGGACCGCGCCUUCGCCGUGGUGGGGCUCCGGCUGCAGGAGAAGCUGCUGGUUGGGCUGGGGAUCGACGGAGCGAACAUCCCCUCCAGCCUCCGGGCCAACAUCUACAUCAGCCUGCGUAAGACGGCGCCCUGGGUGCUGUGUCUGCCCGUCAUGGUGCACCGGCCCCAGCUGGAGGUGCUGGACGCCAUCAGUGGCAAGGAGCUGUGCUGCCUGGAGGAGCUGGAGAGCAACCUGAAGCAGCUGCUGAGCUUCUACCGCUACUCCCCCCGCAUGCUGCUGGAGCUCCGCGCCACCGCGCCCACGCUCUGCGAGGAGGCCGAGUUCCUCGGGGACAUCCGGGCCGUGCGCUGGAUCAUCGGCGAGCCCAACGUCCUGAACGCGCUGAUCAAAGACUACCUGGAGGUGGUGGCUCACCUGAAGGACAUCAGCGGCCAGACCCAGAGGGCCGACGCGGCCGCCAUCGCUCUGGCGCUCCUGCAGUUCCUCAUGGACUACCAGUCCGUCAAGCUGAUCUACUUCCUGCUGGACGUGAUCGCGGUGCUCUCGCGCCUCGCCUUCGUCUUCCAGGGCGACCACCUGCUGGUGUCUCAGGUGGACACCCGGAUCGAGGAGGCCAUCCAGGAGAUCGGCCAGCUGGUGGACGCGCCCGGCGAAUACCUGCAAGAGUUCGAGGAGAACUUCCGCGAGAGCUUCAACGGCGUGGACCUGAAGAACCUGCGCGUGGCCGAGUCCAAGUUCCAGUCCAUCCGCGAGAAGAUCUGCCAGAAGAGCCAGAGCGUCCUGGCCCAGAGGUUCGACCCGCAGAGCCGGCCCGUGGUGAAGGCCUGCCAGGUGCUGGACCUGGCCACCUGGCCCCGCGGCCGGGACGACCUGCAGGCCUUCGGCGAGGAGGAGAUCCUCCUGAUCUUCGACCACCUGGAGACGAUCCCCUCGGUGGGCUGCGAGACGCCGCACGAGCGCAUGGACGCGCGGGGCAGCCUGGCGCUGGAGUGGAGGGACCUGAAGGCCGACUACUUCAGCACCACGAGCGGCUUCAGGGAGGUGGUGGGCCACAUAUGCAGGCACCGCCAGCGCUUCCCGCUGCUGCAUCAGCUCCUGCAGGUGGUGCGCGUGCUGCCCGGCUCCUCCACCUGCUGCGACAAGGGCCGCGGCUCGCUGCAGAAGCUGCGCCGGAACAGCCGCUCGCGCCUCGCCCUGGAGCAGAUCAACGACCUGCUCACCCUCGCCGUCAACGGCCCGCCCGUCGCCAACUUCGACGGCAAGCGCCCGCUCGACAGCUGGUUCGAGGAGAAGUCGGGGAGCAGCUACUCCAUUUCGGCCGACGUGCUGAGCAGGAUGUCCGCCUCUGACCAGAAGUCUCUGAUGCAGGGGGUGGAUGUGGGCACUCACUUCUACCCCGACUGUUGAGAGCACGAUUCAAGUGACUGUGUUCCAAAAAGCCAUCCCCAUUAGUUUAAAAACUGAUCAAAACUACGUGUGAUUGGCCAGAAUAUCAGGAACUGGCCAUGCUGCUAGAAAGGUUUGAUCAGCGUCUCUUUAAGAGACACCUUCUGUUAUUUGUUGACAUGUUGAACAGAGGCAAGCACAUGUAUGUACAGCUAAACUCUAUGCUGUGUGAAUCCUGUCCAGCCCCUAAGAGUGACAAUCCGCUUAGAACAUGUGUAUAUACAUCACAGAAUGCAGUCAGAGUUAGAAUGAUUCACAGCACUCUACUGAGCCUGUUCAAUGGUUCAAUCUUAGCGUUCCCUUUUGCGUUGUUAAAACAUGUAGGUUUUUGCCAGUUCAUUGCCAGAUCAUUUACAAGAGUGGGGUUUUCCCCUCUGCACACCCAGUUUUGGGAAAAGUUGAUCCACUUAGUCUGUUAAUCUUCAGCACUUAAUGAUUGACAUAAUCAAAUCACUGGUAGUUGCCAGUUUUUGUACGGAUAACACUUACUUCAUGUUCCAGUGACUGCAACUGGUCUUGAAUCUUCAUUGUUAGCAAUAGCUUGCAAGAUGAUUUUGUUCAAACCAUAAAGUUGAUGUUUAGUACAAUUAGCAUUUAACAAUGUAUACAAUUCAUUUGGCUUUAUCUCAUAUUAUAUAAGUAUUUUAUAAAUAUAGUGUUGUGUAAAGUCCAUUUAACUGUUGUUUGUUUGAAUAUCUAUGGUUAAAACUUUUAAGCUGGGAAUGUGCCAAUAACCAUGCAGUAUGCAACUUCAUGCCAAUGCUGAACAUGACAAGAGCUCAAGAGCAUAGCUAAUGCUAUAGUGUCAUGUUUGAUCACGUGUUUGCUAUAUUAUUCCUACUAUACUGUUAUUAUAAUUACUAUAUUAUUAUUAUUGUUAUUAUAAUUUGCAAAGACAAACACAUUAUGAUUGUGCCAGCUGUUUAUAAGGUCUAUCAAUACAAGUAGGCGGAAUGUAUCAUUUCGUUGUUAUAAUAUGACCAACCUCUUAGAAAUCUUUUUUUUGCAAAUGCCAAGUUUAAUUCUCGUCAUUAUACUGCAUUUGCCAUACAUACAGAUUGGUAUGGUGCCCUGUAUGGUCUCCUCUGAUUGUAAAUCCCCAAAGAAUGUUGUGAUCAUGCCUGUAUCGUAGCUGUGCAAAGCACUAGUCUUGCAAAGUGAACACAGAAGUCAAGACAGACAGUGUUUAUUUGUUUUCUUUGAGUCCAGUCCUAUAAGAAUAGCAUCGCUUUUACAAGUGAAACACAUGAGGCUUCCCUCAGUGUUUAUACGUUUUCUUUGAGUCCAGUCCUAUAAGAAUAGCAUCGCUCUUACAAGUGAGACACAUGAGGCUUCACUCUGGCCUUGCCUGAGUGGCCAGAGUUCAGAGUUCAGUUUUACUGGAAACUGGAGUCCAAGAGAGUGAGUCGCUAAAGCAAUCUUUAGUCUUUCUGUUACAGAAGCCAUGAGGUGAGGCGCUCCUCUGAUUUAGUCAUGCCAUUAUUUCAAUGCCAAACAUAAUAAGAAUUUGAUGUGAAAUGUCGGUAUAAUUAAAUUUGAUUUUAUGGAAUGUAGCAAAUUAUGAGGAACUGGUUGUAUGUGUGUGUGACAUGAAUGUGAAUGUGGUAAAUGGGAUCAGUUGUCAUGUUGAUUGAGUCCGCUGGACAUGGUUGGGAAUAAUACACAAAGGAGGGCUUUUUGUCCCGCUUGCCCAGCAUGAUAUUCAAUGGUGCAUUGGCUUUCAUGGCUACAGCAGUCUGAUGGAUGGAUUGAUCCAGAAUGAAUGGAACAGCAGUCCAAUGGGUGUCGUGGCAGACAGUCAUGCUUGGGGAAAAUGUGACUGUGUUCUUAACCGCUAUAUAUGCCAUUCAAAGGCAUACCACAUUUUGGUUAAAAAAGAUUGUUAUUAUUUGUGUUUACAGUUUUUUUUUUCAUUUUGCCUUAUUGGUCUUGUUUGUCAUUCUUCAUAUGGACAUGAAUAGAGAAACAGAGCGAGAGAGAGCGUGAGAGAGAGAGAGAGAGAGAGAGAGAGAGAGAGAGAGCACUCCACCAAAUGGCCUCAGUCUUUAUGUGCUUCUGUGCUGGUUGGUGGUGAUGGUGAUGUGAUUUGCUAUCGGAUGGUAAGACUAGACAAUAACCUCACAGUGAGGUAUGCCCAGUGAGUGGAACAGCUCUAUGACCUUCUGAAGACAUUACUCUCUCAUCAGUGUGAGGUCUGGGCUGUGACCUUCUGAAGACAUUGCUCUCCCAUCAGUGUGAGGUCUGGGCUGCUUCUGUGUCCUCUCCGCAGCUGGCCGGCUUAUGUCUGCGUAGAGGAAGCAUUGCUUCAGGGGACGCUGAGGAGGCAGCAGUUGUUUAGAAGUGCAGGAAGCGUGAGGCUUGGUCAGGGCAGGAGGGCUCAGUGAAGCCAUUUGAACUCUGAAUGUCGCCGGAGAUUCAACUUUAGUGGCAGUUCAGACCAGUCAUUUAUGGGUUAAUGUCCUCCUGGUUUGCCAUCAUAUUGCACCUUUAUGCAUUUUACUAUGCUUUGUUAUAUCUGUACCAAACGUCUGUCCAUUGUUGAUUUUAUUGAUCAUAAUCUGAUUUUUGUGACCAUAUUACAUUUCUGUUUUCUUUUAUUGAUACAUAUGAUUUUUUUCCUGUGUUAUUUUUAUACUUCAUACAAAUUGUGAAUUUUCCAGAAUGUUUAGAAGUUCUCAUACAAUGAGCCAAAACAAAGCAGUGAACUCGAUCUGUGUAAACCAUAUAUAUGUGAGUCUGAAAAUGAAUAUAUAUCAGAGUGAAAAUGCCAAAUGAUCAUCUUUAAUGAACAGAUGCACAGUUCACACUGUUGAAGAGCUGGUUGAGUGGUGUCAAUGCAGUAACCCAGAACAACCUGCUCCAUGUUCUCACCUUGAACUGUUCCCUGACAGGGUGACAGACCAUGCAGUCUAUUCACCUUCUUCUUAGUGUAGUUACACCUUUCUGUAGUACCUGUUUGAAAUCACACUGGAAAUGCAUAACUCUCAACUAUGUGAACAUGGAUGUGUGAGGUCAUUACUGGGUCAUGUGGAGAUGUUCUUUAUACCCACUCAAAUAAUGCUUUAAUAAAACAGUUUUGUAUUUUA